UUUGCUGCAGUGUAGGAGAAAGGCUGGUAGCUAUCGCUACGGACAUCUAGCUGAACCGCCCGCAUUUACCCUUCACUGUUUAACCCGGUCGGAUACCACUUUACCGUUGAGCGUGUUUGGUUUCAGCAUUGUUCAAAUGCACUUACUACUACCUGCAACGACUUUGAGAUAAGAUACAUUACAGUGUGUUUGCUGUUGAAUGCACAGCACAGCAACCCUAAGGUGACAUUGAAACAGCUAUUCACGGUGAACGACAGCCUCUAAGCCUGUUUUGUCAUUCACUGCAUUGACUCGCCUGAAUCAAUACAGCAGAGCGUUGUGAACGCGGACCGAGACUGUCGUUCUCAAGCCCCACGGACAAGCUUGAAUGCACCAAGGUAGUCGACGCUACAAGCGACAGUCUACCCGACCUUCAGAAGUGAAGCUACAGUGAUCAAGAUGUCCGCCCUCACACAUUCCUUGAUUUGUGGCUUGAUAUUAAUCAGCACAUGUGAAUCAGUGAAGUUGUUCAAGAGUAUGGACAUCAACACUCCCACACAUUUCCAACGUGUGGCAGAUUUCUCAGUAAGCAAGGAAGCGAGAACGGAGGUUUAUUUCUUCAGCGCAAGGUUCAACAAGAACAACGUGUUCCCGACAAUGAUGGUUGUGAAGGAAGAAACAAUGGACCCGAAAUGCAACACUGAGGCAGUAUGGAAAGGUGCGAUUGCAGCUGGACAAGCCGGCUGCUACGACCACGAGGACGACAUGGUCGUCUGCUUCAGCAGCCUCAACGGCAGCCUGACUCUCGGAGCCAACACCAACUACACCCUGUUCGCCCUCAACUGCCAAGGUGCCACAGAGAGGCCGGGCAUGCAGAUGCAUUUCGUCCUGUCGCAAGAGGGCGCCAAGCCUGAGGAUAAGUAUGACCCCGAACCAGCUCCCAACCCAGCUGAUCACUAUGACAUCACGCCCGUCAUCCCCAUCGCCAUUGUUCUCGGCAUCAUCGGCUGCAUCUUCAUCGUGUGCUUCUGUUAUACAAGCCGGGACUGUUUCAAGCAGAAGUCUUCAAUAAGGAAGGGCAAGAAGUCCGGCUCCAAGGAGGAAACCAAGGCAUUUAUCAAGGAAGAAAAGGAGGCCGUCCCUUAACUUUUACCCUCAUCCUAAGAACUAAGCAUUUUUGUUUGGAGUUUACCUUACCUCUAUUCUUUGUAUGGUAUACUUGAUAGGUGAUGUUGAUAACGUUUUGAAAAUGUGAAAAUUUUGACAAUGAGGAUUUGAAAUAUAAAUUAAAUAUUUACAGUGGACCUUCUUUAAACGGGACUCUCCUUAAUCAACAUCUGUAAUGAGUCAUUUGUAAUUUGUUCCUGGAGAUUUCAAGAAGUGAAUUAUCAGAACAUUUCUGCUUUUGUAUGUUUAAUUUUCUAAUCCGUAUUUUCCAAGUAUGUUUUCCAAAAGGUUUUUCCUCUCUAUUGUGCCGUCAGAUAGCUGGAAUAUUGCUGAGUGCGGCGUAAAACAACAAACCAAACAACCAACAACCUCUCUAUAAAUUGUUUGAUAGGCAUUACUAUACAUACUAUACAUGUAUUACUAUAGAUCUCUAUAGUCAGGUUUAAUCUUUUUACUGGUUGUAUUUGAUAUUUUCUCUGUACCUUGGUAUUGACUAGAUAUCUACCGCUACCGUUAUGGGAGGUCCCUGUACACUUUUGUUUGAUAAUCGGGAUCUAAACUGUUUUUAAACCCUACCAUUUUUGUACACCAAGCUGUAUAUAUUUUGGACUUGUGAAAUACAUCAAGCUAUAUGAAAGUCAUUUUGGGUAAUAUAUGUCUUAUAUUGCGUCCAUCAUGUUUUAUACUGAAUCGAUGUACAUGUAUUUAAAUAGUUACAUUAUCUGCAUCAAAUGUAUAAGUGUUGUUUAUAUUGUCUGUUUAGGAAUUCGAUGUAGGGUACUGCGUGUUCUUUGUACAUUGUGACCAUACGGAGACCACAUUGUAUUUUUAGUUUUAAUAAGCUCCUUGUUAAUGCUUUACUCGGGUAUGUCACUUCCUUAUUCUUUCAUUGUCACUUUUUGUACAGAUGCUGGAACUGGAUGAGAGUCCAUACGUCAACUACAUUUCUAUAGAUACUACAUCAUCUAAAUGCCGUUUGAAGAUAACUUUGCGUGUGUAAUGCCACGUUCGUUUGAUUUCAUUUCAUUUUAAAGAACGUUGCUCCACCAAACAUGCAACCGUAGCCAAUCACUUCACUCGUUGUCUUACCAAGUAUUAUGUUGUAGCUCUAUUUUUAACAAUAAAUAAUUAGCCUUGUUGAAUGACCUGUUGAAUGUGCACAUAUCAGUGAUUGCACAAGACCGCCUUCAAGGCGUGAUUAUCGGUUGCAGUGUUGUCAGAGCACUUUGUUGGAGUUUUAGUAGACUGCUCAUGUGUUUUAAUUCUGUGAUUUGUAAAGAUUUUUUUGUUCGAUGUUUUGUAAAGUGUAAUUAGUCGGACCUCAUAUACAAUAUCAUUACGAUGGCAUAUGCAAGGGUAUAUACAGACUGUCUAAAGGUGUGUCAUUAUGAUAUGCAAUAAUGAUUUGUAGUCUUGCUUUUACAGACACGGAUGAUUCAUUGACCGAGCGAUACAUAUUUACUGAUUAUUAACAAGUAAAGCAUAAUUCGAAUUUCUUACGGAUGUCCAGUGGUAUGAUGUUUAUUGGUGUUAUGUUCAUUCGUUUGCAUUUAGAGCAGUGCCUACCCCAAUAGAUUCAAACAAUAUUAAUGAGAGCCUUGUUUUACACAAAACAUCAAUAAAAAUUAUUCUUAGAGCA